AUGGAAACCACCAAUCUAUCAACCUUUCCGGUGUAUUCUUCUUGUCUUCUUCUUCUUCUUCUUCUGGCAGUAAUAGUAUCAUGGAAAGUGUUGAACUGGGUAUGGUUUAGGCCGAAGAAGCUGGAGAAACGUCUGAAAGAGCAAGGUUUCAGGGGAAACCCUUACAAGCGGCUCCAUGGAGACUUCAAAGAUAUAUCAGCCUUGUACACAGAAGCCCACUCCAAGAAUCUUAGUCUCUCCGACGACAUCGUACCAAGAGUUAUUCCUGAAUAUCUUGAAGCCGUUAAGAAAUAUGGUAAAAAUACAUAUUUAUGGUUUGGGCCGACGCCUGCCGUGGUGAUCGUGGACCCUAAUCUUAUGAAGGAAAUUACACAAAAGGUUGAUGUUUUCCCUAAGCCCCGUUUAAAUGCAAUUACAAAAUUAUUGGUUCAAGGAGUGGUGACCUAUGAGGGAGAAAAAUGGGCCAAACAUAGAAAACUCCUCAACCCAGCUUUCCACGUUGAGAAAUUGAAGCUUAUGCUCCCAGCCUUUUAUAAAAGUGCAAGUGAGAUGGUGACGAAAUGGGAGAAUGUUGUUUCACCAAAGGGGUUGGCUGAAGUGGAUGUUUGGCCCAAUCUUCAGGCUCUUACCAGCGAUGCAAUUUCUCGUACAGCAUUUGGCAGCAACUAUGAAGAAGGAAGAAGGAUCUUUGAGCUCCAGAGAGAGCAAACUGAGCAUUUGAUGCAGUUAGCACGGUCGGUGUACAUCAACAUCCCAGGAUAUAGGUUCUUGCCAACCAAGAGGAGCAGAAGAAUGAAACAAAUUGCCAGAGAAGUUAAUGGUUCAGUAAGGGAAAUGAUCAACACAAGAAGAAAGGCAAUGAGAGCAGGAGAAGCCGGCUCAGAUGACUUGUUGGGAUUAAUGCUUCAAUCCAAUUCUCAAGAAAUCGAGAAGCAUGGAAACAAGGACUCUGGUAUGACUACCGAAGAAAUUGUUGAUGAGUGCAAGCUGUUCUAUUUUGCUGGCCAGGAGACUACUUCUGCACUACUUGUCUGGACAAUGGUCUUACUCUGCAGGUACCCCGAAUGGCAGGCACGUGCUAGAGAGGAGGUCUUGCAACAAUUUGGAACUAAGGAUCCGGACUUUGAUGGGCUAAAUCACCUCAAAAUUGUCACCAUGAUCUUGCAUGAGGUUUUAAGGUUGUGUCCACCAUUGGCUACAAUGAGUCGAAGAACUAUUGAAGAAACUAAAUUAGGAAAUUUAACUCUCCCGGCUGGAGUGCAAAUCACCUUGCCAAUAAUGCUGAUGCAUCAUGACCCUGAUAUAUGGGGCGAGGACGUGAAGCAAUUCAAGCCUGAGAGGUUUGCUGAAGGAGUAUCACAUGCAACAAAGGGCCAGGUUGCAUACUUUCCAUUUAGCUGGGGACCUCGCACUUGCAUUGGACAAAAUUUUGCCAUGUUGGAAGCAAAAUUGGCAAUGUCUAUGAUUCUGCAACGCUUCUCCUUUGAACUCUCACCAUCUUAUACUCAUGCUCCUCGAACAGGAACAGCUAUAUCACUAAUUCAACCCCAGUAUGGAGCUCACUUGAUUUUGCAGAAGAUAAUAUAGUUUUUGUUGUUUCAUAUAUAUGACUUGACUUGCUAGCCCGGUAUGUGGCAGCAGAUUAUCUUUUAACGAAAUAAAGCACCAUCUUCUAUGCUUAA